UUAAUUCGUGCCCUGAGGCGAGAAUUUCUCACUCCGCCUUUGUUUUCAUGCUCAUAAUUUCCUACAAUGCCGAAUGCUGAGCUUAUGAAUAUUAAACUAGUCAUGCUGACGUUUUGCAUCCUUCCUUGAGCGACCAGUUUACGCCUAAUUGAUAUUCAUGAACCAUGUCUUGUCAGAGCAGGAGUCUAGCGCCCUUCUUUCAGCCAAUCAGUUGGGACGAGUGGGCCGAUCAUAAAAUGACAUUAAUAUUAAUGAGCAAAUCCUUCACCAUAGCAGGAUUCGUAACCUCCCCUCACGAAGAGACAGCAGGAAGUUUCGGUGCAGUUCAACUGCGGCCGCGGAUACGUAAUGUGCGCUGUGAUUGUCUCUAGACGAUAUGUUUAACAUGGCCAGAAAGACUUCGGAUAGAUUUGGUCAGGACAAAGCAGCACACUGGAGGGAUUUAAUAAAUGGAUUAUAGCGGACAGUUGAACUGCAAUUCAUCUUUUCCGUCCGUCCGGUGUCAAACGAAUGGCCAACGUGAAAGUCGCGAUCCGAGUUCGUCCACUGAACUCCAGGGAGAGUCUAGAUGGAGGACGGUUAGCUGUACAGGUGGAGGGCAAAGUGGUGAGGAUCCGAAAUGUGAAGUUGGAGGGGCGUCUGGAUGGGCGUUCGGAGGGUCUGGCGGACUCCAGGGACAAGCUGAUGGAGUUUGGCUUUGAUUACUGUUACUGGUCUGUGGAUCCAUCAGCCCCCAUCUACGCAUCACAAGAGGAGGUGUUUCAGGAUCUGGGUGUGUGUGUUCUGUCUGGGGCUUCAGAGGGGUAUAAUGUAUGUCUGUUUGCAUAUGGACAGACGGGCUCAGGGAAAACAUACACCAUGAUGGGGACUCCAGAUUCCAUGGGGCUGACUCCAAGGAUCUGUCAAGGGCUUUUUAGGUCUGGUGUUGACACUGCAGAUGGACAAAGCUGUAGAGUUGAAAUAAGUUUUUUAGAGAUCUAUAAUGAGUGUGUUCGUGAUCUGCUGAGAGGUGUGGAACAGAAGAAACCAGCACCCCUGAGGGUUCGGGAACACCCAGAGAAAGGGCCUUAUGUGCAGGGUCUCUCUCAACAUGUAGUGACAGACUACAAACAGGCGGUGGAUCUGCUUGAGGUGGGCAUCGGCAACCGCAUCACAGCCGCUACACACAUCCAUGAUGCUAGCAGUCGAUCUCAUGCCAUCUUUACCAUUCGAUACACACAGGCUAUUCUGGAAAAUAACCUUCCUUCAGAAAUUGUGAGCAAGAUCAAUUUGGUGGACCUGGCUGGCAGUGAGCGAGCAGACCCGCACUACUGCAGAGACAGAAUAACAGAGGGAGCCAACAUCAACAAAUCUCUCGUCACGCUUGGCAUCGUCAUUUCUGCUCUUGCUCAGAACUGUCAGAUGUUCAGCAGCAAUCAGAGCAUUAACAGUGUGUUCAGUGAGGGUGAAGGGAGCACUGUAGGCAGCCAGUCCAGCUCUUUGUCAGGCAGUGGACGCAGACAUUGCUUCAUCCCCUACAGAGACUCCGUCCUCACCUGGCUCCUCAAAGACAGUCUGGGCGGCAACUCAAAGACUAUCAUGAUUGCAACUGUCUCACCAUCCAGCAGCAGCUACAGUGAGACUCUGAGCACCCUCCGCUACGCAGCUCACGCCAGGAACAUUGUCAACAAGCCAAGAGUCAACGAGGACGCCAACGUAAGGCUGAUCAGAGAACUGCGCGAGGAAAUCGAUCGGCUAAAGAGCAUGCUGCUCAGCUUUGAAAUGCAGAGGAACCCCAGUCCAUCACUCAAUGAUGAGAGAGAAGGCAGCCUGUCUGAUAUAGUCCUACAGAAUGAACUGAAGGUGGAGCAGCUGACUAAAGACUGGUCUGACAGUUGGCAUGAUAAGCGAGUCCUGCUAGAACGCUACAGUGUGGACAUUAAUCAGGACAGAGCUGGAGUCCUUAUCCACUCCCUGCUGCCCCACCUCGUCGCUCUGGAACCAGACGUCCUCAGCACAGGAGUCACCAUCUACCAUCUUCGGGAAGGGGUGACAAGAAUCGGGCCUCAGGAUGAGAAUCUGGAAGAACCCCACAUAGUCUUGCCACAAGGUUCUGCAUGUGAGAUUGAGAAUCAGAGUGGUGUGGUGACUCUGAAGCCUGUCCCGGGGAAUACCUGCAUGGUCGGUGAGAGAGAGGUCACUGCACCCUGCAGACUCGCACAAGGUGCAGUGAUAAAUUUAGGAGGACUUCAUAAGUUCAGGUUCAAUCACCCUGAAGAAGCAGCAGUUCUGAGGGAGAGGAGACGGACCAGUGAAGGAGGUCUGAUCUUCAACUCUACAGACCUCAACAUGCUCAGUUCUGACUCAAGGGUUGCAGGAGCAGGUUGUCAUGAGAACGGCAAUGGAUCAGCUCCCAGACAGCGACUAGCGGAGCAGCAACGGUACGUAGAGUGUUUACGAGAGGAGAUUCAUCUGGAGCAGAGACGAGCGGAGAGAGAUCUGGAGAGAGAGCAGGCAUGUCUCCGACAGCAACACGCUGAGAUCAAGCAGUGGAUCUUGCAAGAAAUGCAACGCCUUGCAGCCCACAGGGAGAAGGGAACACUGGAGUCAGGGGUUCAGACAGAUUCCAUUUUUCCUGUACUGAAUGGUUCAUCAUGUCAGAUGAAUGUGGAGGAAGACCGUGCUGAAACAGUCCCACUAUCACUCUUGAUGGGUGACAGGAAAAGAGUGGUGCAGGAGGAACUACUGAAACAUCACGCUCUGCGCAGGGCUGAGAAUCGUGUGCGACGCAAAAGGUUACAUUACCAACUGGAAAAGAUUGCACGAAAGCGCCACCUGUUGGAGGCAAAGCGAGAACUGCAGAGGCUGGAAAAUGAGCUUCUACAAGGGGGGGAUGAAACCCCAUCUCCAGAGCUGGGGUACACCUCAAAGUCCAGAGGAUGUCCACUGACUUUCCGAAGACAUUCCUUCUCUGCUGAUCUUCUGUCCCGGUUGUACCCCCAGCACACUCCUAUUUUCAGCCAGUUCCUCAAAAGGAAUAGAUCUUCUGAGUUUACAGCAUCUCUUGCUGGCUUUGAUUGCCCCACUACAUGGGUAUCUGAUGAAUGCCUCCAAGAUCAAAAGAUUAGAAGGCGUUCAAACACAAUGCCCUCAAGAUAUGACCAAGGAUCUUCAAAUUGGGCUUCAAGUAUUUCAGAAAGCCUCAUAAGUUCUGUAAAAGAAGCAAGAUCAGCUGGAGUGACUGAAACACAUGCUGUACUCUCAAAAUCACUAGUCAAGAAAAACACAAGUGACCAAGACAAGCUUUGUCUGGAUUCAAACACCAAAGCCACUAGAAAAGUAUUGCCAAUAAUAAAACAAUUAGGCACACAGAGACAUUCAGUCAAGGGGACAAAAAGUCUCUCUCAAGGUGGCAGCAAAGGUUUGGAGACCAUACGCAAGGUUUUUUCCCGCUCAGUUGGCCCAGGGAUCAGGACUGCCUUGGUCAAGGUUUUCCACAAGCCACCAUCAGGGUCCCGUGGUGGCAGAGGUGCAAAAUCUUUGAACAAAACAGGUCAAUUUAAUGAGAAAUCGAGCAAAAAGCAAACUGUGAAAAACCAUAUAAAAUCGACAAUGUCCUAUGAAAGUUUAGAGCAGCUUAGCUCACUGAAACAGCAACAGAGGCACUGGCAUAGUGCAGAAACUCUGAGUACCAAAAAGCAAUGGGUUGGAGGGCAAAAAGAAACUGCCAGAUGGGUUGAAAAGAGUGGUGUGGAGGAUCCCAAUGGAUCCUCAGAUUGUGACAGUAUCUUCUCAUUGGAUUCCCUCUCAUCUGCUUAUGCCACAGCUCUAACUGAGCAGCUUCAGCUGGAAGAAGGUGAUUCCAGUGAAGCUGAGAGUGAAGACAGUCAGAUGUCCCAGGAUUCCCUUGUUAUGGAGAGUAGUGGGAAGCAUGUUACUGCCAGACCAGUGCUGAGGCUUCAGAAUGUCCCCAACUUUGGUAAAUUACCAGCCUCAUGUAGCUCUCACUCAAUUAGGAAUAAAGAGGAGAUGGAAAUAUCAAAAGAAGUACCUGCAGAGGUUUUCUGGAGCCUAAAUGGAAGUCCAAAGUUGAAAAGGGAGAAUGACAAAGGCAUGGCUAGAGAACCUCCACACAUCUUGGGUCUAGUAUCUGAAUCUAGACCCUGUAGUGGCGCUAGUAUCAGAGAGACAGAGAAUAUACUUGCACUUACUGACGCAUGGUCAUCCACUGAUGCAACGGAAAGCCCCAGAAUCAAACAAGAUCUACACACAACAAUAGAGAGCACUAGCUGCCAAAGUUCUACAAGUCUGGAUCUCUCAAACAGCAUGAACUUGUCAGAAGAGCUCACCUCACCUCGUUCUGACUCCACUCAGGGUGCAAACACAGUGCUUGAAGAACAAAACGACACAUCCUUUGAGAACACCCUAUUGUUAGAUAGCCACGAGAGUAGUGAUCCUGGUUUUACCAUGGUGCAAAGAAGCAUUGAGAUGUUGAAGGAUUAUAAUGAGCUGACUAGCAAUGCAGAACCAUGCACAACUUCUACAGAUACCAAUCCAGAUGGAGUAGCAUACACUAAUAAACCAAUUGCUGAAUCUGAACCACUGAAACCCACUUUGACUGAAGCACUGAUGAUCAACUCUUGUUCCAAAGAUGUUGACAUCUCGACAAGCAUGAGUAAUUUACAGUGCUUCCCAGUUAGCACUUGUAGGAAAGAUUUACAUAUUAAAGAGGAAAACCCAUUAUCUUACCCAGUGCACCCGGAGCAUUCUUCUGUAAAGUCAAACUUAAAUCUUAGAACUGGCUGUCAGGUUUUAGCAUACCACAAUGCAGGAGAUCCAGAAGUCAAGAGCUCCAAAGAUGAACAGGGAUUAGUAUGUGAAACUCCUAGCAGGAUGGACCAUCCCAGUAUCAAUGAAGAAAAUGAUGGCAAUGACAAAAACUUCCGGCAAGGCUAUGAAGAAAAUGAUUGUUUCUACCCAAAACAGUACAAUACAAUGUAUUGCUUACGAGAUACCAAAGAUUAUGCAUUGUCAAUCAAACAAUCGGAGAACCAUGAUGAAGAAGUUAAUACUUUUGAUAGAGAUAAUGGACACUUUGGUGUGCAGUUAGGGAAUGAGUCAAUCAUUGGAACAUGUCAAAAGUACAAAGAUUCCUGUAAAGCUUCUAUGGGAAAUAUGAAGCUUCCAAAGAAAUGUGAUGUAGUGGUUUCAGACACUGAAUCAGUACAGUCAAAUAUGGAUCUGGAACACUCUGCUUGUUUAAAUGUCAACAAAUCUGCUUAUUCAGUUAUCAGUAGAAAAUCAGUAACAAAGCCUUUGGAAAAUUUGCUCACUGAUCAAGAUCUGAAUGAGAAGGAAAUCAUAUGUGCACCAUUAACAAGUGAUGCUCACAAGGCUUUAAUCAGCAAAGGUCAUAGCAAUAUUUCUAGAAAUGAAAGCAAUACAUUUGAUAGUGGUUUGACACUGACAAAUUCUGCAAGCCUGAACUUUAAUGAGAACAAAAAAGAGGACAAAAAUAAUGCAGUUCAGAUUAUGGAGAGAAAGACAUUUAAUAACAGAUAUUUUCAAAUGAGCGACUCUGCAAUUCAUGAUAAAAUAUCAGAGGUGGUGAAAGAACAUUUUAAUAUGUCUCUGAUCGAAGACUUUGGAGAAGAUCACAACUCAGAAACAAACAAAGAAAACAGUUCAUCAGCUAUUCUGGAUGGUCUGAAGUCCGAGAUAAACAAACAUAAAUUUGAAUACGAAAAUAUUCAAACAGAGAAUCCUACAGGCGGGGCUACAGUGCACUUGGUGAACUGUGACACACAAAUAAAAUCGAGAAAUUCUUUGUCCUUGAGAGAUCAGACAGUCUUAGUAACUAAAGAAAAAGAUGCACAUAGUAUGGAGAGACCCUCCACAGAGAUAAAAGUUGAACAAGAAGGUCACGUAUGUGGGAAUAUCAGCGAUAAGAUGCAGUCAGAGGUAUAUUGUGCCAUCGAAUCACAGAGCAUAGAUGGGACAAAUGUGAGCAAAUCAGUGUUUUCUUGUGUAACAGAAACCUCUAUGGUUGUGAAUACAUCCAGAGAGAAAACUGUUUUCUCUACCCAAGAGAGCAAGGAUUGUGUUGAUGCUUUAAACACUGCUCAAAAGACAGAUUCAGUGAGCAAAGGGGUUAUGGAGGGUAGCAGAAUAACAGGAAUAGAACCACAGCUUCCAUGUAGGAAUGCACAAGUGACUCCAUCGCUGAAGCAGACAAAUGGGUUAGAAAAAGUCCAGAAAGCUGACCAGCAGAUUGCUCAGGUAGUCAACGACAAAACAAAAAGUGGGUUGGCUGCUACAGACAUCCAAGGGCACAAAUAUGACAGUAGACCACUUAUGCAUGGACAUUCAAAACUUUCAAAUGAAACUUUGUGUUCACCAGGUCUUAACAAGAUUUUAACUUUGUCCAAUAAAAGCAAAAUUGAGGUGUCUCCACCCUCUGAAUCUACAGUGAAACAUACUGCCUCAGGUGUGCACUCUGAAGGGAGUGAUUGCAGUGGAAAUGCACUUGAUAAAUUUCAGCAAGCCAUGGAAGAAAGUGCUGCAAUAUUACCUGCUUAUUCAGAGGUACAAAAUGAAAAUGCAUAUAUAUGCCCAUAUAAUACAAUAUCAAGCAUGGAACAUUGCCACACAACAGCUGAUGAUGAUACUCCUGAAGCCCGACCUUUAAGCAAGUUAGCGUUUUAUGAAUUUGUGCCAGGAAACCUUGGAAAACAUCACAGUUGUGUGAGCCAAGAUAAAACUGGUACCAAGCAUGCCCUCGAAAAAACUACCCCCGGUAUCAGUAGUAGUCAUGAUAAGGACAGAGAAAGACCUGUGGAGCACAAACAUCAGAGUUCCAGAUUCGAAGAUUUUAGAAAAGAUCCCACUAUUUCAGAUUUGGGCCCUCACAGUUCCUCACAGUCACAAAGACUUCAAUCGCGCAUUGUGCUAAAAACCUGUGCGGCUGUAAAAAUCAACAAGGAACCACAAUCAGAGAAUCAGUCAAUCAUGGAGAUGCCGACUAAGUCUCAGUAUAAAGAUGGUUGUAUCAAAGCAACUCAGAACUGUAACAACCAACCUGUGAGAAACCAAGAGCCACCUACGCCUCAAAAGCACCAGUCAACACAAAUGCAAAAAAGAGAGCCUGAUAAAUCUAUGGUCAAACCCUCAUCACCUGUUGAGGUGUAUCACAAAACUCCUUCCAGUCUAAACGCAAAGGAACAUUAUAAUUACAGAUGUGAAUCAACAGACAAAGUUAGAGGAGAACAUCCCACAGAAGUGGAUGAUACAAAACAUGUUGAUGGCAAUGUUAAAGAUGAUAGGCAGAGAGGAAAACAAAAGCGAUACAGAAGGGCCCAUUUUACGGCACCUCCAAGUUCAUCUACUGACUCAACACCUGAUUUAUCUUUGGAUGAGAGUACCACAUCUAAAAUUCAUGUGUCUAGUAAGGCGUCUCAUACCAAACCUGGUUUACAGGCUUCUGGCAGACAAAGUGUUGUUGCUCAUGACAGACACAGAAAUCUUUCACUCCAUGAACGCAGAACAUCUUCACCUUCAGCAAGCAGUCAAAGAUCGUUAGAAGUGCAAUCAGGAGAAAGACACACCCAGCAUCCAAACACUGGUAUGCCACGCUUUGAGUUUGGAGUCACCAUGGGUAUGGAAGCUGAGAAUGAGAUAAUUGCAUGUCGGGUAGAGCAUGGUUCCACUGACAAAAUACAAAAGACAGAGGUGAUUGAAACAAAGGAUGGAAAAGACAUGAGUAAUGGUUCUUUCAAACCUAUUUUAGAUGUUUAUGUGGAUGACCAAGCACAGCCAAUCUUGCAUACAAGAGAUUCCGCAAUGCAUUUUGCCUCAAGCGAUAUUAACCCCUUUAUUCAUACAAGAACUGCUAUGGGGUUGAACCGAGCAGUCCACAAAAACCAGGCUUUUGGAAGUGCUGCCAAUAUUUCCGGCCAGCACUUGCCGCUAGAUAGUUCAAACAUGAACAUAACUAGGUGUUGUAGUGUAGACAAUGGCUUAAAUAAUCAAAACUCCCCUUUCAGUUCCCAUUUGAGAAAUUAUGCAAAUCUUAAAGGGCUCUCUAGCACACUGAGUAGUGUUGAAGAUUCAAGAGAUCAAAUUUCUUCAGCGCCUCUGCCGAAGGAAGGUUCAUAUUCUUCUAGUAGUUCAAAUAAGCAGACCCUAUCAGCUUUGAGAUGUUGCGCUUACAAUAGUGCCUCAGUGGAGUUAAACCAAAGUUCAGGUCAAGUUGAUGACAUAGUACUGGUCUAUUCCUCCGAGUAUGAAUCUCAGGAACAUGGAAAUCCCUGUCAAAGCAAAUGUGAUCAUGGCACACAGACCACUGAGGUUGAUAAGGACCUUAAAAGAAAGAGCCAUCAUAGAAGAAGCAGCACUCAGACACCAGCGUCCAAACGAGAGAAUGGUGUGCCGACCACAUGGGCAAGUCUUCAGAACAUGUCUGAACAUCUCUCUGACCUGAUACACAACACGUCUGAUCUACUGGGGAACAUACAGUGUAUGCGAACAGGGGAACGACCACCAAAAUAUGAGCAUCCUAAAAACUUUUUCUAAAAAAUUUUCAACUGUCUAUUCAGGCGGUAACCACAAGAAGGACUGUUGUACGCAAACUUCCGUGGACAUUGGGAUCCAGACUGAUAAUUCUUCGGCAGCGAAGAGUGCUACAGCCCAUGAAGUCAAUGUUAUUGUUAAAGUGAUU